UUGCGAAAAAUUAACUAACCAAAAAAUCGGAAAACAAUACUACUAACACUUCACGUAGUUUAAUAAACGAAUAAAAUUGGUUAGAAAUAUAGUUGAGUCGGUAAAUCAUUCGGACAUGAUGUCUUUCAAAAGGCACCUCGGCGUCAGUAUCGCCAUCCGCAUCUUUCUCGUAUAUUACGGUGAGGUGCAGGAUAGCUUGUCCGAGAUUCAAUACACCGACGUCGAUUACCGUGUGGUUACUGAUGGAGCUAGUCAUGUUCUCAACCUGAACUCUCCCUUUAAAAGGCAUACAUACCGUUACACACCACUACUGGCAUAUCUCGUCCUGCCAAAUCUGCUGCUGCAUCACAGUUUUGGCAAAUUCAUGUUCUCACUGUUCGACAUCUUCAUAGGGGUGCUAAUCAAAUGGAUCUUACUCAACUGCUAUCGUGGAAAUAAGAUUUCCAUCGAGAAGAAACUGUUAAAGCUGGAGACGUUGAACAAUCGCAACAAGUAUCUCAUGAAGCGAAAGAACGAAAUCCUGAACAAUAGUAAUGAAUCAUUGCCACCGAAGUACAUCAGAAUGGCUGAAAUAAGCGCGUAUUUUUGGCUUUACAAUCCACUAACGAUGGUAAUUGCAACUAGGGGAAAUGGAGACUGUGUAUCUUGUUCGCUUGUUCUAGUAGCGCUUUAUUUCUUACUGAAAAAUGAACAAACCAUCUUUCAGUUCUUCAUGGCAGGUUUGUUCCUCGGCAUAUCAAUUCAUUUUCGACUUUAUCCAAUCGGAUUUUGCCUGGCGUUUUACCUAGCCACGCUCGAUAAGCCGUUGCAAACACUGAAGGAUUAUCUGCAGGCAGUGCUAAUGCCCAGCACCAAACAGCUAGCCUUGGUACUCGGAACAAUUACGUCCCUAGCGCUAUCAACCGGAUUUUUCUACUAUCUCUACGGAUAUCAAUAUCUCUACGAAUCCAUCCUAUACCAUCUGGUUCGGAAAGACACGCGGCACAACUUUUCGCUAUACUUCUACCUUCAAUACCUGAGUUCCAACUUCGACAUCACUCAACUGGAGAAAAUCCUCACAUUUCUACCACAGCUUGUGCUCAUCGUGAUUAUUACCCUACGCUAUGGGAAGCAUCGUCAGACGCUGGGCUUCUCCCUGUUCGCCAUUGCCUUUGUGAUGGUCACGUACAAUCCGGUCGUCACGUCGCAGUACUUCGUGUGGUUCCUGUCGCUGCUGCCGCUUAGCGUCAAAAAUUUCAAGAACAUCGGCAUGCGCAAGGCGAUCUUCAUCCCGGUGAUGUGGUUCAUAUCCCAGGCUGGUUGGUUGCUUCCGGCGUAUCUACUGGAGUUCAAAGGAUGGAACACCUUCGAGUUCAUCUGGAUCCAGAGCAUUGUGUUUUUCUUCUCCAAUAUAUUGAUACUGCAGAUGCUGGUGACGAACUACGAUAUGGCUUAUAACUACAAAAUCGAUUGAACCGUGGAAUUAUGUAUGAUUGGAAGGGAUUUUUUGUCAGUAUAAAAUUUUCUAAACGCUA